GGCCUAUGUAAAAAGAAAUAAAACGAAGAGGGCAGAGAAAGGGUAGCCAAGGGAAAGGAAACAGGUAAAGUUGGAGCAGGAGGGGAGCCGAAAUAAAACACAUGCUCUCGUUCAAACACCUUGCACCACCACCAUGUUCUUCUAGUUCUAGCCACCAGUGCUACCACUAGAGAUCCCUUCUUCUCCAAAGGGCCAUACGCUUUCUCCCUCCUCCCUCUAGAGGUUCGUUGACCUCAGCAAGUAAAAGGCCUUGCUUGCAAAAAGAUCGUUCUGAUCGACGACGAGUGUGCAAAAGCUAGAGAGAGGAGAUUGAGUGCUUGCACUUUGCUUGUGUGUUGGAGAGAGAGGGAGUGGGAGAGAUCAGCAUAUCAGCUGAGGGGAAUAUGGAUAGGGGACUCCUCCACAAAUCAUCUCCUCUAGUGGGCGAGAUGGGGGAGGCAGGCCAUGGAUGGUGGAGCGUGAAUAAUUUGAGGCCCCCCUUUGAGCAGCAGCACCAUCCUUCUCUUUUCAUGCCGUCCACCACCACCACCGCAGCAGCAGCAGCAGCGGCGGCGGCAGCGCCGUCUUCUUCGUCCCCUCUCCAUUCCUUCUCCUCGCUGCUGCUCUCCAAUCACUACCCGCUGCCUACUACCAGCACGUCGCCGUGGCAGCAGCAUGACACCAGCAGCACCACCACCAGCCACGGUCAGCAUCAAGGACUCACCGGCCAGCAGGAUUCAUGGAGCCAGCAGCUCGUACAAGGGGGAUUGGCCACUAUUGGGGAAGAGAGGUACAAGGAAGGCCAGAUGCUGUUUCCAACUACGAUUUGUUCAGAAGCUGCCGGAGGGAGCGGCAGCUACCUCUACAGCGCCGCCGCCACGGCUAGCCAUGGUAGCAGCACAAGUGAAGAGAUCCAAUUGCCAUGGGGAAGCAGCGUCCACCAGCACCACAAGGCUCUGCAGCAGAAAGCUUCCUCUCCGAGGUCUUCUUCCAUAACGUCGACGACCUCCCUUGGGAGCAACAUGCUGGAGUUCUCCAACAACAGCAGUAGUUCACCACGUGAGUGCAUCAGCACAGCAUCUGGAUCAGCUUUCAAGAAGGUUAGGACCCAAGAACCCUCCCAGGCUCAAUCUACUGUGAAGGUGAGGAAGGAGAAGCUAGGGGAUCGAAUAACUGCUCUUCACCAGCUUGUCUCUCCGUUUGGAAAGACUGACACAGCGUCUGUACUCCUUGAAGCCAUUGGGUACAUCAGAUUCCUUCAUAGUCAAAUUGAGGCUCUGAGCUCGCCGUACGUGGGCGGCGGCAGCAAUGGCGGUGGGGGCGGCUCCAUCAGCUCCAGCUCCAGCGGCUCCAAGCAGCAGCUCCACGAGGCUAGUGUGCACGGAGAAAGGCACAGCAUAUUUCCAGAAGACCCUGGCCAGCUCCUGCAUGACAGUGCAUUAAAAAAGCGAGGACAGCCUGAGCCGAAUGGAAGCUGUGAAGAAGGGAAGGAUCUGAGGAGCAGAGGUCUAUGCCUUGUCCCGGUGAGCUGCAUGCUGGACGUCGGAGUUGAUGUUGUCGCCAGCCCAGCGGACUACUGGGCAGCAGCUGUGCCGGCUUUCGGCAUGGGGUUCGGCGGGUAGAUGGAGGAUGAAGCCUUGUGUGUAUGUGUGCGGCACAGUAUGGCAAGCAUGAUCCAUGAUGGGCUGCAUAACAUCAGGAGCAGCCAUCCUGGUGAAGAGAUGUUUAAGGCUGGUUCCUCUUGAUGCUAUGUGCGAGUAUGCGUAUGAUAUAUUCACACUGAUCGAUAAUGCAUGGACGUAGGGGAUCUGGCCAUCUGGGGAUGCAAAUAGUAUAUAACUGGUGGUAGUGUGUGUGUCUGUGUGAUCUAUCUUCUGGAUCUAGCUAGAGAUUGAUCCUCAUCAUCAAUUUGCUGCACACAAACUACGGGAGUGCAUCAUCUGUAUGUAUAACUCAUUUAAAUCGUAUUUGGGCCUCACCUCUCUAUAUAUGCAAGGUCUCUUGUGUGUAAUGUAUCAGAAAGUAGGUUUAUUUUAUCACAAUUUGCUAUAUAUGAUUUAUUACAAUCU